UUGACAAAAAUGUCAAAAUAGCCGAUAAAAAGAUAAAACUAAUAUUUGCAAUAAUUUUGGCUAUUGUUAGUUUUUAAAUUUAUUACGUAAUAUAAGAAAAUAUAAUGAAUAGCAUAGGAGAAGAGUGUACUGAAUUAAAGAAAAAAUAUGAUGAUUGUUUUAAUUCAUGGUUUUCGGAGCGUUUUCUUAAAGGCGACCAUGAUGACUCCAUGUGUGCUGGAAUUUUUAAGGUUUAUCAAGAAUGUGUAAAGAAAGCAAUGAAGCAACAAAGUAUUGAUUUCAAAGAAGUAGACAAAGAUGUUUUAGGGACAGAUAAUGAGUUCAAAGUUCCACCUUCCGAAAGCAGCAGUUGACAAUCGGGAAUCUGCAGCCUUCUAUGUGCAUUUAGCCCAAUUACCUUUUGGCAUGUUUUUAAUACUGAAAUUUCAAAUAACGUAUUAAAGACAGCUAUUACAGAAAAUAAAAAUUGAACAUAGUUACUUUAGAAAUUUGAAAGUAUGCAUUUAUUUAUGAAAUAAAAUGACACAUACAAAAUGUUGCUGUUUUAAGUUUAUAAAUAGUAAAUGUUUUUCAUUGAAUUGUAUUGAUUUUUAUCAUGCAAUUUUUAUUGUGAUAAAAAAUGCUACAAAACAUAUGUAAUAAUAGAAUAUCCCAAAAUAAUUUUAAUGAUAAUAACAUAUAUCUUGUAUUGUUAGUAUUCAUUUAAAUGUUCUGGAGCUUAAUAUUAAAUUAAUAGUAAUAGCAUAUAAAAUUUAAUUAAAAAAACUUUUGUGUUGUUUAAUAAUGUUAAGUACAAUUAGAACAGAAAUUUAUUGAUAGAUUGUAAUUUUGGUGGCAUAUUAAAUUUAUAAUUAAUAAUAUUUGUUUCCUUAAUUAAACAAACAAGUAGCACCCAAAUAAGCUAUCAAGACAAGUGCAAAAUUAAAUAUUAAUAUUAUGUAAGAAUGAAUAAAUAAAAUUGCUGUUAAUAUUUUCAGUAUGAUUAUGAUGUAUAUUUUUUGUGAUUAUGAUGUAUAUUGUUUGUAUUUUGUGUGUUAUAAUACUAAAUAGUA